AUGAGCGUAGCGCUGCAGGACCUCCGGAACACCAUGUCCAGCUACAAGCGAGCUACGUUGGAGGAGGACGACGUGUCGGACGCUCCGGUGGAGGCGGCUUCAUCUCCUGACAGGGUGGAGGUGGGCUUCAGGAAGGGGGGCGUGGACAUCCUGGGCCGGAGGACUCAGCUGGAGGUGCUGCUGUCGGUGCUGCUGCUGGCCGCUCUGCUGGCCCUGCUGGCCUGCCUGGUGGUCCUGGGUCUGGGCUUCAGCUCAGACAGUGGGCGGGGCCUGUGCCUGUCAGAGGCCUGCGUGACGGUGGCCAGUCAGAUGGUGGAGGCCAUGGACCGUGGCGCCGACCCGUGUCAGGACUUCUACCAGUUCGCCUGCGGAGGCUGGAUGAGGAAGAACCCGCUGCCUGACGGCCGGUCCAGGUGGUCCACCUUCAACAGCAUCUGGGAGCAGAACCAGGCUCUGCUCAAACACCUGCUGGAGAAUGGGACGUUCAACGGCAGCAGCGAGGCGGAGAGGAAGACACAGUCGUACUACCUGUCCUGCUUGAACACGCAGAGGAUCGAGGAGCUUGGAGCGCAGCCACUCAUUGACCUGAUCGCCAAGAUUGGAGGCUGGAACAUGACGGGUCCCUGGGACAAGGAGAACUUCAUGGAGGUCCUGAAGGUGGUCUCUGGUCCCUACAGAGCUCAGCCCUUCUUCAGCGUGAGCGUCAGCGCCGAUCCCAAGAACUCCAACAGCAACGUCAUCCAGGUGGACCAAUCAGGAAUCUUCCUUCCGUCCAGAGAUUAUUACCUCAACAAGACAGCCAAUGAGAAGGUCCUGGUGGCCUACCUGGACUACAUGGUGGAGCUGGGCCUGCUGCUGGGCGGAGACAGGAGCUCCACGCAGCUGCAGAUGCAGCAGAUUCUGGAGUUCGAGACGAUGCUGGCCAAUAUCACCGUUCCUCAGGACCAGCGGCGAGACGAGGAGAAGAUUUACCACAAGGUGACCAUCGCCGAGCUGCAGCUGCUGGCUCCAGCCGUGGACUGGCUGGACUUCCUGACGUCGUCCCUGUCCCCUCUGGACCUGAACGACACCGAGCCGGUGGUUCUGUACGCCAGAGAGUACCUGCAGCAGGUGUCCGAGCUCAUCAACAAGACCGACCGCAGUUUGCUCAAUAACUACAUGAUGUGGACGCUGGUGCAGAAGAGCGUGGCCAGUCUGGACCAACGCUUCGAGAACGCUCAGGACAAACUGCUGGAGAGUCUCUACGGAACCAAGAAGUCCUGCACCCCGCGCUGGCAGACCUGUAUCGGCUACACAGACGACACGCUGGGCUUCGCUCUCGGAGCGCUCUUCGUCAAGGCGACCUUCGACAAACACAGCAAAGAGAUCGUGAGUUCCCUCCUGCGGAGAACCGAUCCGGACCCUCUGGUUCUGGAGUUUGGACCGUCUGCUCUCCCCUCUUGUCUUCAGGCCGAGGAGAUGAUCAACGAGAUCCGCUCGGCUUUCAAAGACUCCCUGGAGCGGCUCAGCUGGAUGGACGUCCACACGAGACAGGCGGCCAAGGACAAGGCAGACGCCAUCUAUGACAUGAUCGGGUUCCCAGAAUUCAUCCUGGACUCCAAAGAGCUGGACGACGUUUACGACGGGUACGACGUCUCAGACGACAGCUUCUUCCAGAACAUGCUGAACUUCUAUAACUUCUCGGCGCGAGUGAUGGCCGACCAGCUGAGGAAGACGCCCAACAAAGACCAGUGGAGCAUGACUCCCCCUACAGUUAACGCCUACUACAUCCCCACCAAGAACGGCAUCGUGGUCCCAGCAGGAAUCCUGCAGGCUCCUUUCUACGCCCACGACCACCCCAAGGCUUUGAACUUUGGAGGAAUCGGAGUGGUGAUGGGUCAUGAACUGACUCACGCCUUCGAUGAUCAAGGUCGGGAGUACGACAAGGAGGGGAACCUGCGGCCGUGGUGGCAGAACUCGUCGGUGGAGGCGUUCCGCCAGCGCACCGAGUGCAUGGUGGACCAGUACGGCCGCUACACCGUCAACGGCGAGCACGUCAACGGGAAGCAGACGCUGGGGGAGAACAUCGCCGACAAUGGCGGGCUGAAGGCGGCGUACCACGCCUACAAGUCAUGGAUCCAGAAGAACGGCGAAGAGAAGAAGCUCCCCGCCGUCAACCUGACCAACGACCAGCUCUUCUUCGUGGGAUUUGCGCAGGUGUGGUGCUCGGUUCGAACCCCGGAGAGCGCCCACGAGGGGCUGGUGACUGACCCCCACAGCCCGCCGCGCUACCGCGUCAUCGGCACGCUGGCCAACUCGCCGGACUUCAGCCGCCACUUCGGCUGCCCCGAGGGGACGCCCAUGAACACUGGGAGGCGCUGCGAGGUCUGGUAGACCCGCCCAGGAGGAGGGGGCGGGGCCAGGGCCGGGGGCGGGGCUAGUGAGGCUAACACAGCUCGUUAGUGUCUUAAUUAGCAGGAGUUCAGUUAAUCUGUUAAAUAGUGACAGUGGGACUUCCUUCACGUCGUCAUGGAGACGGUGGGACUCUCUUCACGUCGUCAUGGGGACGGUGGGACUCCCGUCCCGUGAAGACUGAGGAUGAUGAAGGCGAUGAAGCUGAGCGGGAUGCUGUUGUAGAUUUCUGCUUUAUUAUGAUAACCAUCACAAUUAAUAUUAUUAUCGGUGUGUGUGUGUGUGUGUGUGUGUGUGUGUGUGUGUGUGUGUGUGUGUGUGUGUUCUUUCUCUGAUGACAUCACUGUGAUGACCUCAUAUGGAACUGAAAAUGCUAGCUGUGCUCUGAUUGGCCAUAAGGAUUUGGGUUCAUGUUUGCGGUUUUAAAACAUUAUUUGAAUGUGAUCUACUGUUUUACAUAACAUUUUAAUUUACAUAAAUUUUCAAUUUAGAAUCUGAAAAAUUCUCCUAAAUAUCCUAGAAAUUCAUUUUAAUUUUUUUUUCUUGCUCUUUCAGAAUAACUGAAAAGUGAUGGUUACUGUACAAUUUUUUGAUAAAGUUAAAAUUUGAGUCGGUACAAAGAAAACCUCAUGUUGCCUGUAAAAACUAAACAAACUGCUCGUUUCCAGAUUCCAGAUUCAACAAUCUUAAAAAGUAAGAUUUUCAGCUGUUUAAAAACAAGCGUAGAUUUUAACUGAAUUCAGCUCCCAGUGCGAGGCGUUCAGGAGCCGGGAAAACUGUAGGAAUUUCAAGAUCUAAAAAACUGGCAUGAGGCGUUUAGGAGCUGGGCAAACUGUAGGAUUUGAACCUGCAGGAUCAAGGAUGUGUGUGAGGCGUUCAGGAGCUAAGUCGACUGUGGGGAUUUCAGGGACUUUAGUUAAUGAGGCGUUCAGGAACUUAAAGGAGCACGAGCAAGUCACAGCAUCUGAUUUUAUGUGUCGACCAUGAACAUCUCAUCAGUUCAGGAAAAUCCGAACGUUUCCUGUUUUCUGACUGCGUCGCUGAGCCGACGAACGUUUGCAGGUUAUUCAAUCGUUCAACUCCAUUACCCAGAAUUCCAGUGUUCCUACUCAGUGCAGAUGCUCGACUCACUGUAACUUCAUCAUCUUCAUCAUCCUCCUCAUUGUCUUCAUCACUUAAGGACAUCCUGAAUUCAUGUGCACUGUGUGUGUGUGUGUGUGUGUGUGUGUGUGUGUGUGUGUGUGUGUGUGUGUGUGUGUGUGUGUGUGUGUGUGUGUGUGUAAUCCCGUGCAGCUUCUGUGUGUCCCUACUUGUUCAGCACAUGAAGAAGCUGCUUCCUGCCAAAGAUGUGUGUGUGUGUGUGUGUGUGUGUGUGUGUGUGUGUGUGUGUGUGUGUGUGUGAACUAUAGCUGCUGAUUUAAGGGUGUGUGUUGUGUGGGGUUUCUGUUUAUGUAGUCCUUGAAUGCAUCGCACCCACAUAAACAGUGUGAGGACCCAUGGACAGGCCGUGUGUGUGUGUGUGUGUGUGUGUGUGUGUGUGUGUGUGUGUGUGUGUGUGUGUGUGUGUGUGUGUGUGUGUGUGUGUGUGUGUGUGUGUGUGUUUAGUCCACACAGGGACAACGUGUCUCGUGCCAACAGCCCUCCACAUGCUCAGUCCAGUGUUGACUCUGGGUAACAUUUGUCCGUGACCGUCUGUCCGGGGGACGCGCGUUACUUUCAGGACAUGUGAGGACAGUUUAGGUUGUCCCAGUUAUUUCAAGGGUCAUUAAAUGCAUCAUCCACCUUCGGAAUCUGUACAUGUAUUACUGUACCUGUGUUUCAUUCCUUGUGGGACUGAAGUUAAUUUAAAGACAUGUCGCAUGUGGCAGGUGUCCUUGAACGCAUCGUCUCCAUGUAAAAGCAUCAGUAAAUGUUGUGUGUGUAAAUCUCUGUGUGGACUGUAAACGGGACAUGUGGGGGGUGUCCGCCUUCUGAAGUUUACUCUGAAGGUCUUUGAAUGCAUCAUGUGAGGACUGGUGAAGACAGGGACGUGGACAUUCAGGUCAGGGACUGUUUCUGUCUUUCAUACUUUGUGAGACAUGUUGCAUAGAUUCCGUCCAAGUGUCUUUGAAUGCAUCAUCUCCAUGUGAAAGCUCUUGAAUACAUAAAGACAAAUAUGUGAGAGUG